AUGCCCGAAUCUGCUUGGGAUAAGACCAAGCGUUUCUCUAAGAAGGGAUUCGAUAAAACAUGGGCUGCCGUCGACAAGCUCGGCGCUCCGGUCAACCGGCUGUCCAACAAGCUCGGCGCGGAAGCGUUCUGGCCUAUGGAACUGGGUAAAGAAAGCGACAAAGCCGCCCGUAUUUUACGCAGUUUCUGUAAAGAUGGCUUCUAUGCGCCCGACACGGACCCCGGGACCGAUGAGAAUGGGAAGAUCAAUCGACCCAAGGGCAAACAGAGAGUUAUCAAGAAGAUCCCGGAGGCAGUUGUCAAGAACGCCAAGGGUCUAGCUAUCUUCACCACCAUGCGCACUGGGCUUUGGGUCAGUGGCUCUGGAGGUAGCGGGAUUCUUCUCGGGCGAAUCCCAGAGACUGGCGAAUGGAGCCCACCGUCCGGUAUCUUGUUACACACGGCGGGCAUUGGCUUCCUCGCUGGAGUCGACAUAUACGACUGCGUGGUCGUUAUCAACACCUACGAAGCCCUCGAAGCAUUCAAGAAAGUGCGUUGCACCCUCGGCGGCGAAGUCAGCGUGGCCGCCGGCCCCGUCGGCAUGGGCGGCGUCCUCGACUCCGAAGUCCACAAGCGCCAGGCCCCGAUCUGGACCUACAUGAAGAGCAAAGGACUGUACGCCGGCGUCGCAGUCGAUGGCACCAUCAUUAUCGAGCGCACCGACGAAAACGAGCGCUUCUAUGGCGAGCGGAUCUCCGUCCACGAUAUCCUAGCCGGCAAAGCCCGCCACCCGCCACAGUCCAUCAACACCCUAAUCCAAACCGUCAAAGCCGCCCAGGGCGACCGCGACCGCUGUCAUCUCCCCGGCGAAACCCCUGGCGACCUCGAACUCCCCACCGAAGGCACUGCGUUCGGCAUCCCCGCAGCCGACGACCCGGAUCCCUACGGAGUGAAGGCAUUGGAGCAAGAAGGGUUGUACAUCCGGGAGGCAGGCACGAAGGUGAGGCCAAGUCAUGAUGUUUUCGAGUUCCGGCCCAACCCGAGCAGCCCGAUCUUCGCGACGUUCGCGCGGCAGAGUCUCGACGGUAGCUCGCCGCGGAAUAGCUGGCGGGCGAGCCGGACGAGUGUGCAGAGCUAUGUCAGCGUGGAUCGUGGCGUGCAGACCGAUGAGCCCCCGCUAACUAGUGCGCCUGCUUCAGUGAGCCGAGCGUCGUCGCGGCAGAGCGGAGUGAGGACGGGGGCGAUCAGUCCGUGGGCGGAGGAGGAGCAGGGGGGAUGGGAGUCGAUGCCGACCAGGGGUGGGCGAGGAUUUGAGGAAGAGAAGGAGUUGGAGAGUGCGGAUGAUGAGAACCAUGCUGUGGGAUUCGAUGACGAUGUCGAGGUCCACGAGGUCAACAAUGCCAAGGUCACUAAGCAGGAGGUUUCUACUCCUAUUGAAGAGCAGGGGCCUGGCGACUCGCCGCGUCAUUCACCCACCUUCACGCGUGCGCGGUUGGUGACUAUUCCCAAACGUCCGACGCCGCCCCUUCUUCCGCCACGCCAUCCUCGACACACUUGGGGAGGAUCAGGCUCGAGUCGGGAGUCUGUGUCGCCGACUGCUCUGUCCCAUACCAGUCGCAGCACGGAACAAACGGAGGCUAUUGAGGUCUCUGAGCUCACUGAACCGCUCUCCGAGCCUGCCGAUAGCCUUCCUACCAACGUGAAAAUGCUACACACCAGCACUAUUCUUCCUACCGUUGUUGACGAGGACGAUCCGCUUUCCGACUACGGCGAGCAGCCUUCUGUGGACAAGGAUGAAUUCCAUUCUAUCAAUGGAGAUGAAAGCGAGGAGACAGAAGGUCGCACCGUGACCGAAGAACCCGCUCCAGCGUAUGCCGAUGUUGCCGGAAAGGUCCAAGAGCCUGAGCUGCACAAAUCUACCCCUCUUACGACAGAGACUGCGGCUGAGACCGCGAAAGAAGAAGCCGACGUCAAGGAGAAGACAGAGAGGGUUGUGGAGGACUGGAUUAAGCCGGAGGACAUUUCCGCCGAGCCUACCUCCAAAGUGAGUGACGCUGAAAAGCGUCUUUCUACAUCGGAAGUCGACAUGGAAAGCAAGGAGAAGCACAGCACCGCAUCUCCUGUUCAAACGGCUUAA